AUGGUGAUGAAUACACGAGCUGGUCAUGCGAGGGAUGUUGAGCCCGAGCCUGUUGUUAUGGCCGGCACUCGAGGUAGAGGUCGAGGACGGGCUAGAGGUCGUGGCCGGGCCAGAGGUCGCGGUGCUGCACCAGCCAGGGACAGGGCUCCUGCAGCUGGACAGAGACGGACGCCCUCGCUAUCUCCUGAGCGUGAGCCCGAGGUUGAGGAGCAAGAUAGGGGAGGUUCGGGGCCAGCCCAGACCCACCCCGAGUAUAUUUCAGACCCAGCGGUUCAGGAUACGUUGGCCCGUAUUCUUCUUCAUUUGGAGGGCCAGCGGACUGCUGGGGGUGCUGGUACUGGAGGUUCUCACACUCAGGCUGGUCGGCACACUCCGGAGCAGGGACAAACUCAUGGGAUGCAGCCUGCCGCUGCUAUGGCCCCGCGUAUGGAUGGAUUUCGUGCCCCCGAGGGCAUUCCUAGGCCAGUUGCUUUACAGACAUUGACUCAUCGUGAUCAGGAGCUCAUUUGGAGGUUCCUGAAGAUGGAGCCGCCCAGGUUUCACGGCGCUCGGGAUGAGGAUGCAUACGAGUUUAUUGUAGAUAUGCAUGAACGUCUAUACCAGAUGGGUAUUGUGGAGACCCAUGGAGUUGACUACACUACUUUCCAGCUUCGCGACGGUGCGAAGACUUGGUGGAGGUAUUAUGUGGAGAGUAGGCCAGUUGGUUCGCCUCCUCUCACUUGGGCUCAGUUUCAUCAGGUUUUUCUUGACAAGUAUGUACCUCGCCCCUUAAGAGAGCAGCGUAAGGAGGAGUUUACUCGCCUCCAGCAGAGGGGGAUGUCUGUAGCCGAGUAUGAGGCUAGGUUUCUGUUUUUAGCGAGGUAUGCUACCCAUAUGAUUCCGACGGAUGAGGAGAGGGUCCGUAGAUUUGUGAAUGGACUCUCUCCUGAUAUUCAUGUUCACUGUCUUCAGCAUGUGACUCCUGAGGCUUCUUGGCAGAAGGUUGUUGAUCAUGCCAUUAGUAUUGAGGCUGCCCAGGUCCGAGCUCAGGGAGGAUCGAGUGAGAAGAAAGCUCGUUAUCAGGGUCAGUAUAGUGGCUCUUCUAGUUACCGUGGUGGUGGUCAUUCUUUGAGGUCCUAUCAUUCGGUCCCCAAUCGUCCGGUGCAGUCAUCUUUGCAGACUUCUUCUAGUGGUCAUCCCAGGCAGGGUGGAUACGGGGCUGGCCAGUCUCAGGGAGGUUCAUUUUCUAGGUCAGCUGCCCGUGAGAGCCCUUCCGGAUCUUCAGCCUCCAUUCAUCAGUCUUCCGAGCCUAGGGUUUGCUGGGGUUGUGGCGAUUCGGGGCACAUUUCUAGAUUUUGCCCUCGUGCUAGACAGAGUGGGGCUCAGCAGGGUUCCAGGUUUCAGGCUCCGAGGACUCCGGCGUCUACUGGUACCCGGGGUGGUUCCUCAGGGAGGGGCGGCGCUCAGUCAGGUCGCGGUGGUUUUCAGUCAUCGAGAGGAGGACACCAGUCCGGGAGAGGUGGUACUCAUGGCUCCAGAGGUGGGGCACAGUCUGUUCAGAGCGGUCGGGGUGGCGCACAAUGUUAUGCUUUUCCGGGUAGACCAGAAGCAGAGGCUUCAGAUGCUGUGAUCUCAGGUACUAUUUCUGUUCGUCGUCGGCCGGCUUCGGUUUUAUUUGAUCCAGGGUCUACUUAUUCAUAUGUGUCUACUUAUCACUCUGUGGGUUGGGAUUUGACUUGUGAGUAUCUUGACCUGCCUAUUUAUGUGUCUACUCCGGUUGGAGAUUCUGUGAUGGUUGAUAGAGUCUAUCGAAAUUGUCUAGUUACUUUCAUGGGGUAUGACACCUGGGUAGAUUUGAUGAUCCUGGACAUGUUAGACUUUGACAUUAUAUUAGGAAUGACUUGGUUAUCUCCAUAUCACGCCAUCUUGGACUGUCAUGCCAAGACUGUUACGUUGGCCAUGCCCGGGAUUCCUAGAUUAGAGUGGAGGGGUACUCCUAGCCCUGCCCCGAGAAAGAUUAUUUCCUACCUUCGUGUGAAGAAGCUAGUGGAUAAGGGUUGCUUAGUUUACUUAGCGCAUGUUUGUGAUACUAGUGCAGAUUCCCCAUCUCUUGAGUCCGUGCCAGUGGUUUGUGAGUUUGCGGAGGUGUUUCCUGCCGAUUUGCCAGGAUGGCGCCGGUUGAAUUGA